UUUUGACAAGAUUUUGCGCUAGAAGAAUUUGUUUUAGCGAAGGAGCGGAAGAAGCGGUGAUAACGUAUUAAUUGAAGUUAGAGUUCGAAUUUGCACGAUGUAUAAUCCUCCUAUAUUAACUCGAGUCCCGGGUGAUAUUACCCGGGUUACCGACAAAGAAAAACAAGGAUAUAUUCAGGACCUCACCAAACUUACCAGAACCGAACUGUUGGAUCUUAAAAAUCGUCAAGAAAUGUUACUCGCAAACAAGCGUCGAAUUUCCAAACUUCCGGACAAAGGCGCUAAAAUACAAAAAUUCUAUGAACAAAUCCUGAAUCAACUUGAUAUUUAUAAGCGCGUUGAUCAAGCAGCUGAGUUAUUUUCGGAUCUUAACAUAGCUUCUGUAGGAAAGAAAUCUAUGACCAAGAUGGAAUGGAAUGGCAAAUACAGUAAAAACGUUGAAUCGGAAACACUAAUUGACAGUGACGAUGACUAUGAGGACAGUAGCAUAGAUCCUUUGAAAUUACUAGCUCAGAGUACUGCAACGAAUAAGAAAAUAGUUGUUUUGAAACCAGAACAAUCUUUAAUUACGGAACAAGACUUGAAAGAUAUCGAGGAGCUUAACCACGAGAAAUUGCAUUAUGCAGACGCGAAUCUCAUAGAAGUAGACUUCAAACAGACAGCCGAGAAAUUCGGUACGGUGCUGAAGCAAUUGCAAAAGACGAAAAAUUCUAAUAAAGCCGAGGACGAAAAUUUCGAUGCUUAUGCAAUCAAAUUCUGCCAAAAGGAGCUCAACAGCGAUCCGAAGAAAAAGUAUCUUCCUUUCAAAACUACUAGGACAAAUGUGCAUGAUCCGGAAAAGGAGAAACAACGUUACCUUCAACAUGCCAAUAUCUGGGAGAAUACCGCAGCUACUCCUCCGUUAAACACGCAUGGUCCUGCUCAAAUUUUAACGUUGGAGGAUUCAAUUCGAAUACAAGCAGAGAAAAAUAAAUCACUUGAGCAGCUGAUGCACCGUUACACCGAGGAAAGGUUAAAGCGUCGUGAGGAAAUUAGGGAAAAGGUUAUGGAAACCAUUCGGAGAGAUGUGAUGCCAGGUUCGAGUGGCUUUACCACAUAUCGGGAUGCGUCCGAAAGCGGGGAAGAGAAUGAAACAAGUGAUGGGGAAGUAAGCGUUGAAUUUGAUUCUGAUGCACGCGAUGAUUAGUACGUAGUACAUUUGUGUUAUUGGUUUUGUAUUGAAUAUAACUGUGAUGAAACGUU